AUGAAAACCGAAGAAAAAGAGCAAUGGAUGACAUGCCCCAGGAUAGACAACGACUUAUACCCUGGACUAUCCUACCUUUCAACCCUAAACAAACUAAUUGUGGCCAAAAAACGUGACGCCCUACAUAACUUGUUCGGCAAAAACAUUAUUGGUUAUACAAUUUAUAACGGCCACGGGCAGAAAGUGUUCAUCGCCGUACAAAGGAGGGAGUCGAAGAAAGUCGAAAUAAAAAUCUUCAAUUACUAUGGCAACGAAGUGAUAAACUUGAGGCGACCCCGCGCUUUCUGCUUAAACAGGAUAUUGAUUUGGGCACCACCUGGCAAUUUUUUGGGUUCCAUUCAAGGUCGGAAGUGCAGGGGCGCACUUAUCAAAAAUGAUACGGACAAUGUGCUUUUAAAAAUCAAAUCUAGAGGUUUAUUUUGCUGUGUUCACGACAUUCUUUCUGAAGGGGAAAGUGUAGGUGAAGUAGAAACGAGGAUUUGCUGUAAUAGCAUACAAAAUAACGUGAGCAUCAUUUUCCCAGUAGAAAUGAAUGUUGAACAUAAAUCUAUUUUGUUGGGUGCGUGUUUUUUAAUCGGUGCCUAG